CAAGUACUGUCUUUACAUGUUCAUAUAUACAUGCAUAUGGUGUUUCAUUGAAAACUCAAGAAACUCCUCGACUAUUCCUUCAUCUUACUUGAGUGCUUAUCUUGCAUGAAGUAGACGACUAGAGGGAACAGCCGCUGUGGCUCGCAGGCGGACUCGUACAAGCUCUGCUCAUAACGACAGCACUUGUCUUCUUCUUACUGUAGCGCUCCUCGCACGCACAAGAGAAAGCAUCACCUCAUUACUCGUGUGACGAAACAUGACCGCUCUUAUCAGUCCCAGUCUGGGGAAAGGGAUCGAGGGCGGGGACGAUCACCAACUCCACCAAGCCAGGUCAUACGGUCAACUCUCAUCCUACAUCGUCACGCCGGCACAACUCAACGAAGCGCUCUCGAAGAACGUGCAUAGCAAGCUCAGCACCGCUCCGAAGAUUGUCCCUAUUUGCGCCGGCUGGUAUCUUCCCAAUGACCCUUCCAAGAGAACAGGAUGGGAAUCCUUCAGCAAGUCCAGAAUCCCCCGCGCGCGCUUCUUUGACAUCGACGCCGUGAAAGACCCAGACUCGCCUUAUCCACACAUGCUGCCCUCAGCAGAAGCCUUCGCCGACGCUAUGGGAAAGCUGGGAGUUCGUCGCGACGACAGCGUUGUUGUAUACGACACGAAUGAGCUUGGUAUAUUUAGCGCUCCACGAGUCGCAUGGACACUUAAAGUGUUUGGCCACAACAGCGUACACAUUCUAAACAACUUCCGGCUGUGGUGUGAGCAAGGUUACCCUCUAGAGACUGGCGAGCCACCAGGUGGUCCUCCUAAAGAUUAUGACGUACAGCCACUAGACAAGACCAAGGUCAUUUCAUUCGAAGAGCUCAAAGAGAUUGUACAAGAGCAGGGAAAAGAGGGCGCAGAGGAAGUGCAAGUGCUGGAUGCGCGGAGUGGCGCACGAUUUCAGGGCACUGAGCCGGAACCCAGACCGGGUCUUUCCUCUGGACAUAUUCCCCGUUCAAAGUCCGUCCCAGUACCUUCCUUACUCGACCCAAGUACAAAGGCUCUUCUACCCGCAGCGGAGCUGAGAGAGCUGUUUGAAAAGAAAGAGAUUGAUCCUUCCAAACCAAUAGUAUGCAGCUGUGGGACUGGAGUGACGGCCGCUGUGAUUGAUGCAGCGUUGACGGAAGCUGGAUUUCCUGAGGAGGGCAGGAAGCUGUAUGAUGGCAGCUGGACCGAGUGGGCCCAGCGUGUCGAGCCGUCUGAGCGAUUGAUUCGCAAGAUUGGAGAAUAAGUUUUGGACAUGUUGGAUUAGCAAUGAUCUUUUCUCACUGAGUAUGCAUAAUACACUGCCUGUGGGCUGUUGAACCAAGCUUUGCCAGGCUUGAGCUUAUACUGAGCUUUGGCCACCGUCCGUUGAGUCGUGGAGUCGGAUUUAUGGACAGGGGUGAGAUGGAUCGUGUGAAUGAAUGCUGGUGUUGUGGCUGUUGUCAGACUUUCCCAUCGUUGUCCCACCACGCCUCUCAGCA